UGUUUAUCAAUCGCGCGCAUUGUUGCAUGUGCGUGUCCGUUAAGCGCAAAGUUGCCGACGAGCUCUUCUGUUAGUUUUUUCUUAUUUUUUUUUUUUCUGUUCUUGUUGAUUAUUUUUUGUUGUUGUUGUUGUGCUGGUGCGCGAUAAUAAAUAGUUGAAACAUUCAAAACAAACAAUAACAGUCUAACUCAAAACCAACAAAUUAAACGAACUGUGUCAAAUUCCUUGUGCUUUAUGCAAAUUGAAAUACAACAAUUUGCACGCUGCGAAUUCUAAAAAAAAAAAAACAAAAAAAAAAUCGCCACUCAAGACAUUGGCACACAACCGUUUUGCAUAAAGUCCUAAUACAAGUUACGCGUGUGAUUUAUUUGCUUUUCAAUUUUUUUUUUGUUUAUUCAAAUAUUUGCAAAACAUUUGCAUUCGAAUCAAUUGACAUUAAGAGCUGCGAACCAGCGAUAUAAAAAAGACGGGCUCUUCUACAAAAACAAUAACGUUCUUCAGACGCACAACAUCAGUUCGGUGUGUUUUUUAUGCGUCGCGCGGCAGGCGAAGCAGAAGAGGCGACAUGCGCAACAAGUGCAACUGCCAAUGCAACCAGUUACAAUAAAUUACACAGAUAUAACGAGUGAAAGCUAUAAUAAAGAGCAGGGAGAAAGGGAGAGAGAGGAGGGUAGAAAAAGAGAGAGAGAGAGAGCUAGUAACUGUACUCUCUCCACUAAACGAACGAUACAAUGCAAGGCUCUCUGGUGUUAGCCGAACCCUAAGCGAAGAGCGUGUGAAAUCCAUGCACGAUAACUAGUUAAAUUUAAUAGCUUCCCCCUCCUCAAGCCAUUACGAUUAACGCCACAGAGCAGCGAUAAAUUUCGAAUAGAACGAGUUUACAAUCAAGCGAUAAACUUAAACGACAGAUCUUUGGGCGCCAUGGCAAUGCUCGAGGCGCGGCCUUAUAGGCCAUUCAAGUCCAGUGAAGAGUAUCUGGAGGCCAUGAAGGAGGAUCUCGCUGAAUGGCUAAGCACACUCUAUCCGGAGCUGAGCAUCAAUGCAGAGAACUUUAUGGAUCGUCUGGAUACGGGCGUUGCGCUCUGCAAGCACGCAAAUUAUGUGCGGCAAGCGGCAGAGGACUAUUUGGCCCGGCGACAGGCGCGCAACAAAUCAAUGACACGCUCAAUGACUUCCGGAUUGGCCGGACCGAUACUCGCCCUGGGCAAUGUGCAUUAUCUGCCCGCGGCCAAGAGCGGCACCUUCUUUGCCCGCGACAAUGUCUCCAAUUUUAUAACCUGGUGCAGAAAGAGCCUUAAAAUCAUCGAGUGCCUAUUGUUCGAAACGGACGAUCUGAUCAUGCGCAAGAAUGAGAAGCAUGUGAUCCUCUGCCUGCUGGAGGUAGCCAGGCGUGGCGCCAAGUUUGGCAUGCUGGCCCCGAUGCUGGUACAAAUGGAGCGACAAAUUGAUCGCGAAAUCGCGGCCGAUAACAAGGCGAACGGCGUCGGCUGCGGCACACAGACAAACAACGGCUGCUCGGAGAGCGGCACCCAAACGGAGACGCCGCCGAUCGGCUCAGAGUGUGCCGCCAUCGAGACGGAUCUCUAUGACAGCGACACCGAGAACGAGGACGAGCACGACAAGGAUCCGAUGCUUAUGUACGGACCACAGCCCCAGAUCAUAACGAACGAUCUGAAGAGUCUCGACGAAAUGGUCAGAGAUUUGGUGGAGAAAUGUACAUGCCCCUCGCAGUUUCCCAUGGUGCGCGUCUCCGAGGGCAAAUAUCGCAUUGGCGACACCAAAGUGCUCAUCUUUGUGCGGAUACUACGAUCGCAUGUGAUGGUGCGCGUGGGCGGCGGCUGGGACACGCUCUCCCAUUACCUGGACAAGCAUGAUCCUUGCCGGUGCCGUGCCCAGCAUCGCAGCUCGAUCCAGGCACGUCUGAUGACCCGCAACACAGGCAAUUCCGGCAACGGCAUUGAGCUGCACAAGGCGCAUGUGAUAUACGAACGCUCACCACCCGCAGCACGGCGUGUUCUGUCAGCAGCCGGAGCGGGUUCCGGUUCCGGUUCCAGUUCCGGAGCAGUGUCGCCAGCCGCUGGAACAGUCGUCAGCAGCACACACAACGCCAGCUUGUCGCCCAGCGCAGCCGCUGCUGCAGCCGCUGUCAAGCAUCGCAGUCGCAGUCCAACGCCGCAGCGCAAAUUCUUGAACCAGAUCAAUGGCAGCGCGGAGCCCCUGCCCGGCUCGCCGCGCCCGGCCAGGCGCUCGAUGUCGCCCAGCCAGCGACGGCUGAACGAUGUGCGCAAGCAACAGAGCUCGCUGGACUCCUAUAAGACGCUGCCCGUCCUGGCCAGCGCUGAGAGCAAUCUGGAGGAGAUGAACGGCAGCAGCGGCAGCGGCGUUGCCACAUCGGCAGCCGCAUCGACAGGCACGGUUGCCGGACAGCCGGAGCAGAGCAGCAAAUUUGAGAAUAUCAGCGACAAUGGUAGCGAGAUCAGCGACGAGGGCUACCGCAGCCUGGGCGUCAUCCAAUCGAAUGCACAGAAGCGCGAGUCCCUGCACAGUCAGGCCUCCAUGGAGGACGCUGAAACGAAUGCGCGUCUCGAUCAAACGUCCAGCGACUCGCAGAUCUCACCCACAGAUGAGCCCGAGGCGGAGCCGGAGACGGAGGCGGAGAUCAAGUGCAAUGCCGUGGCCGAGGAGGAGCCGGAGUAUACGCUCUGCGAGCUAGAUGGGCCACAGUCGCUGCCCGCUGUGCUGGCCCUGCCCAAGCAGCCCAAGGCCGUCUACGAGGGGCAUGGCCACAAGUUCGAGCAGUCCGGCGUUUACAUAACGGACGAUGAGAUUACGGUGACCAGCUCGCCGCUACCAGAGCCGGACAACAAGACGGCGUGUCAGUUGGUGGCUCCGUCGCCCAUUUUGGGCAGCAAGAUACCGCGUUCCCCGCUGGCGCAACGACGCCGCCGGCGCAGCAUCGACAAUAGCACCUGCGGCAGCAAUGCCGGCGGCAGUCUUCAGGAUCUAAGCACGCGUUCCACGGCGCUUGGCUUCAAUCGUAAGCAGCCCGUCUAUCGUUCGGUGCGCCGCCCGCCACAGGCUCAGACGCAGGCGGCACGGCCGAAGGCCUCGCAGCUGCCACUGGUGCGUGAUGUGACCAACACCUGGAGCGGACGCAGCGCUGCCACGCCCAACGGCGCCAACGGCAAGAAGCGGCCCACGAUCAGUGCGGAGACAUUUGCGCCACCGGCGCCAGCAGCAGGCACAGGCCCAUCCGUAUCGGCAUCAGCAUCAGCAUCGACAUCGCCAUCGCCUUCGCCGUUCGAGCGCGGCAUCAAGACGCGCUCCUCACAGAUACUUUACGAUAGCAAUGGGCGGCGGGUGCGCGGCGGCUGCAGCAGCUCGCUGACCACGUCGCCGGUAAAGAAUCACGCCUCCUCGCCGCUAGCUCAGCAGCUGCUCGAGGCGGCCAGCAGCGCCAAGAACGAUGCACAGAUUCUCGAGAAGAUGAAGACCCUGCUCUCACGCUACGCAGCCGGCAAUCAGCAGCAGCAGCAGCGGCCGGGCAAGAAGACGCCCGUCUACGAGGACUUCACCACGGCGUGGGUGCACAGCAAUGGCAAUCUGGAGCGGUCCGAGAGCUGCUCGCCGCCGGCAAAGGCGCGAUCCAAGCGCAGCUCGGCCGCCUCCUCCUGUGGCAGCAACAAUUCGCGUGAUAUGACGGCAGCUGGUGCGGCGGCAGGUGGAGCGGUUGUGUCGCCACGACGGGAGCGCGGCAUGUCCAAGAUUCCAGCGCCAGUGCGUCAUCAUACGGAGCUCUAUUAACGGCACGCGCGGACGCCUAGCGUCCGGCCCAGGGGCAUGCCCAAGACAAGACCACAGUCGACGGCCAAUAUAUAGCUACAUCCAUAUGGGAUGUGUGGCUGAAUCGGUUUGAUGGGCUCCAUACAAAUGGGCGCUUGGACCUUAGGUAAAUGUUAGGCAAAAGCUCGAAUUGUCCGUCUGUCUGGUUUGGGGGCGUGUCCGGCCAAAUUGAAGCGAACGGAACCGUUCCAAAAGACCUCAAUACACACAUAUAUGCAAUUGAAACAUACUCGUCUAUACGAAACGUUAAUCAAUAAUAAUGAUAAUAAUAAUAAGAUGAAGAAGAAGUAAAAACUGUAACUGCCUCAUUAGAUACCCAGUUUCAGCUGAUCCGUGCACCAGACGCCAAUCGCCAAUCGCCAAUCAUGGCACAUUUCAUUUCGCAAGAGCAGCAGAAUAUUCCAAGUCUAGGCACUUUUUAACCCAAUUUCUACUCGUCACUGUCACUCGUUGCUUCACAUGGGCCCGCAUUCGUUACUCGUUAGUUGUCAACGAAAGAUUGUUCUUGCAUUUCGAAACUGUUUCAAGAACAACUAACUCCCAACUCGUUAACACUCGCCCGUUUAUCGAGUAUCCCUCUCGUUACAUUUGAUCGGUUUGCGGAAAUAUGAUCCACGCGGAAAUAUGUCGUUUGUAGAAUGACGAAGAUAUGUCGUGCGAACUUAUGUCGUUGCUCCGCUAUCUUAUGCGCUGCUGCCAUUCGUUACUCGUUACUUUUUAUCAAGCGUUUAUUUUUGCGUUUAGCAACAAAACUAAUCCCCAACUCAAUACUUUCACUCGCUAGCUUAGCGAAUAUCUUACUCGCUACUGGUUACUUUUUAUCGAUCGAGUGCUUGACAUUUGCUCCGAGUACAGCUAAUAAGUUGCAUCUUACUCGCUGCUAUUCACUCGUUACUUUCAUCGAGCAAUUGGUCUGGACUGCGCGCCAUGUGAUUGGCAGAGAGAACCAACCAUUUACAAUCCAAAUUGAGACUUUCAACUACAAUUUUAACGUUUCUUCGACUUACUACUCUACUACUUUUUUUUUUGUUUUUUGAAUAGGAUAUUGAAAUAAGUGAACGAUUUUUGGCAUAUAACAUUUGAAUGGA